CCGGCAGCAGCAGCAGCAGCAGCAGCACGCGCGACGCACCGACGAUGCAGCUCCUGGUGAAGGCGACGGCGCUGGUGGUCCUCGUGGUGGCCACCGCGGGUGCGGGGGCGGCGCCAGUGCACGACGGCGACCGCUGCCCGGACAAAUGCGACACGGCGCUGUGCCCCCGGUCGGAGGCGGCCUGCCCCCGGGGGCUGGUGCCCGACCCGUGCGCCUGCUGCCCCUCCGGUCUCUGCGGCCUCGAGGAGGGCGAGCGCUGCUUCGACCCUCGGGUCACGCCAAAGAAGUUCGACAGGUUCGGCCAGUGCGGCGACGGGCUCGUCUGCAAGUCCCGCCACGACCUCACCUUCCGGGAUGAGCCUGAGUCUUUGUGCAUGUGUAAAGAUUCACGUGAAGCAUGUGGGACAAAUAACAGGACAUAUGACUCCAUUUGUCAGUUGAAAGCAGAUGCUAGUAAAUUUGAGGAACAACCCUCAAUUCGACUAAAGCACUGGGGACCUUGUGAAAGUGCUCCAUGGAUCACUUCAGGACCUGAAGAUGUAGUAGUGCCAUUAAACUCUGGCUUAUCACUUGACUGUGAAGCUAAAGGUUAUCCAGUACCAUCUAUCCACUGGGAAUUCAAGGCUGAAAAUGGUUCUGUCAGGUUACUGCCAAGUGAUGACCUGUAUGUAGCAGUACAAGUACGUGGUGGUCCAGAAUCUUACAUGGAAACAUCAUGGGUACAAAUUGUUGAUUUACGUAAAUCAGAUGCUGGGACAUACACCUGCAUUGCAGUCAAUUCUGAAGGAAUGGCCAGUGCUUCAGCAAAAGUUACAAUUCAUGGAUAGGUGA